AUGCUGACGCCACGAGUCAUCUCUCACCACCACCACAAAAGUCCUGGGCAACCAGGAUUACGCUCCCACGGGAUCAAAGGGCACGGCACAAUGAUUAUUCACGAUGACUCAGUAAAACCAGACAAUUCACCAGUUCAAUCACCAGUUCAAGCACGUCAGCCAUCUGACUCUCUGGACUUAAUUUCUAUAAACAGGUGUCUAAAAAUCUUUAAUCUGGCGCAUCACUACCUUUAA